ACUCAUAUUUUAAUAGAAUGGGACUAUACACUUGAAUCUAUUAAAAUUAGUGAUGAUGAAAAAUUAUUAAUAGUUUGUGCGCAUAAUAAGGAAACCAAGGAAACGCGUUUAUACGCCUUUUCCACUGAAACUGGGAUGAACCUAGCAUUCUUUAAUACAGAAUUAAUACUAGAUAGGUUUCACUUGAUCGCUUCAAAAAAAGGAGAAAGAUUACUUUGCGUAUUACAUGAUCCACCAGAUAAGCAAUAUAAUAUAAUGGAUCCUUAUAACCUCAUAAAUCCAAUAGAUAUGAGUAGAUUUUUUGAAAAUAACCAAAUUCGAGAACCAUACGUAAUUCAAUCUGAUAAAAUAAUUUAUACUAUUGAUGGGAAAUUGUCAAUCAAAGAGUUGGUGCCUGAUAAUUCUGAUGAUUGGAUUAAAUACUUACGAAGAGAACUGAAGGAUACAAAUUGUAUUACAACACCAUCUGAAAAUACAAUCAAAAUUAUAAAGAAUAGAUUGAAUAAUGACU